AAGUCGAAAUUUGCGGAAUUUGAAUGAAGUGAUUUCCCUUAGUUGAAAAUAUCAUCCUCUUUGCGCAUGCGCACUUCACCUUCCUUUGCCGGCUAACGAGGACAAGUAGUUAAACCAGACAUCAAACAUGUCUAUCAAAGUUGGAAUUAACGGUUUUGGUCGUAUUGGCCGUCUGACAGCCAGAGCUGCCCUGGAGCAGUCUGCAGACCAGGUCACUGUGGUUGCCAUUAAUGACCCCUUCAUCUCUCUGGAGUACAUGGUGUACAUGUUCCGUUACGAUACCACUCACGGAAAAUUCAAGGGAACUGUUGAGGCUAAGGAUGGAAAGCUGGUGAUCAAUGGCAAAGCCAUCUCUGUAUAUAUGGAGAGGGAAGCAGGUGCCAUUCCAUGGGCCAAAGAUGGAGCUGACUAUGUCGUGGAAUCUACUGGUGUCUUCACCACCCUUGACAAAGCUGGUGCCCAUUUAACUGGUGGAGCUAAGAAGGUGAUCAUCUCUGCCCCCUCCGCAGACGCCCCUAUGUUUGUGGUUGGUGUGAACGAAGACAAAUAUGUAAAAUCCAACAAUGUGGUCAGCAAUGCAUCUUGCACAACAAACUGUCUGGCUCCUCUUGCCAAGGUGAUCAAUGAUGAGUUCGGCAUUGUUGAGGGUCUGAUGACGACGGUGCACGCGUACACCGCCACGCAGAAGGUCGUUGAUGGUCCCAGCAUGAAGGACUGGCGUGGAGGAAGGACCGCUGCACAGAACAUCAUUCCAUCGUCCACUGGCGCAGCAAAGGCUGUAGGAAAAGUCAUCCCAGAACUGAAUGGAAAGUUGACGGGUAUGGCUUUCCGUGUGCCGGUACAGGAUGUGUCAGUUGUCGACCUGACUGUUCGAAUUGAAAAGGGGGCCAGCUAUGAUAAGAUCAAGGCAGCAAUUAAGGCCGCAUCUGAAGGAAAAAUGAAGGGUAUUCUCGGCUACACAGAAGAAGCCGUCGUCUCAUCUGACUUCAUCGGAGAUAACCACAGCAGUAUCUUUGAUGCCUCUGCCGGCAUCUCCCUCAAUGACAACUUUGUCAAGCUUGUGUCAUGGUAUGACAAUGAGUAUGGUUACAGCAACCGUGUGGUUGAUUUGAUCAAACACAUGGCAAAAGUCGACGGCAAGUAAUCAGCUGAUGAGCCCAGCCAAGCUGUAGUGUGCUAAAAAAUCGCUGCAGAUGUUGGUCCUAUAGACUAAACUCUAUAUAGUUUCGUAACUUUGUGUUUUAUUUUUAAAAGAAAGUUAUGACCUUUAGUCUUAAAAUGGAGGGUACAAACUCUGGACUUCCUUGAAUAAGAUUGUAGUGGUUUUAGAAUUUUUUGUUUAUUAUCGAGUUUAGUGCUAUCAAUAGUGUUAAGAAUUUCGUUGUUGUCAUCUAAGCACAAGCCAACAAACACUUUUUUUGAAUACAAUAAAACCAGGUUUGCAUCCGAUUUUAUCUUACACCUGACUCUUAAUUCUCUGUGAUUUUACCCCAUAAUAUUUGUGCUAUCUUGGAGAGAUUGUAUUCCACAAUUUACAUAGCCUUACUUUUCUGUUUCAAUUGUGUAAGAUUUGUUUUUAUAAUUAUUAUUAUGUUAUUAUUGGGUCUUCAUUGACCCUCCCAACACGCAAAUAGUGCUAUAAGAACCAUUGUAGCUGUGUUGAUUAAAAGUUACAAGGAUUUAUUCUUUACUUUUUCACAUAACUCAGUGGUUUGUUGUUUGUGUUGUAUUUUCAACAUGUAGAAUAUGAGAUUAUAAAUGUGGUUUGUGUAUGGAUUAUCAUGUAGGAGAUGUGAAACAAAUUGACGUGGAAUUUUAAAGUAUUUGUAAUUGGUCAAAUUCAAUAGUAUGAGAUCUGUUGUCAGUUCAUGAACAAACAAUGUGCCAUAGGUUUAAUAUUAUUUGGUGAAGUAUAUACUGGUAACAACUACAAAAAUAGUAUUUAUUGCUGUCAAACUUUAUAAUCCUGUUAUCUGGUGUGGAUGGUAGUUUGUGUGAAGAACGUGUAUGGGUGAGAAGCUUUGUUAAGUUGUGGUGUAUUUUAAUUUCUUCAGAUGCUGAGACUUUUGUUCUUGUAAUACAGUAAUGCAAACCUG